ACCAGAACCAGGGACCAGGACCCGGGGCCAGAACCCGGGACCGGCAUCCUGGCGGGUUCUGAGAGGAGUCAUUCAGGAGAACGUUCCUUCACAGGCAGAAGGUCCAAACAGGAGAACUAGAAUCAAACGGACCUCCAGAACUUCUGUAGAUGAUUUGCUUCACUGGUGUUAUUAAAUAUUCCAGCCUGGUUCAGAAAAAUCUGUUUCCUGAAGGAAAAUAAAGUUUCUGGGUUGAAGAUGUUUUCAUGUUUGGUUAAAAUUGUGAGACGUUCUGAACAGAACCACUUAAACCCUGAAGACGUCUCCAGAACUUAUUUAGCUUUCACAUCAAACGGACCUUUGGGCUUGGGAGCAGAUGAACCACCUCUGGUUCCUUUACUCAGAACCAUUUCUCAGAACCAUAUGGGCUUCCAUCAGGAUGGAGACAUGGAGGUGGAGUCUCCAUGGGGAGAAGAUGCCUCCUUGUUCCACCUUCUCCAACCAGGAGCAGCAGGAGGUCCAUGUUCCAGGUGGAGCUGUGGUUCUGAUGGGCUGAGGAGGAUUCAGGUCCAAACCAGCUUUAAUGUUCUGGACCAGACCUCAGCGUUCUUCCUGGAGGUCAGAACCUCUGAAGGAACCUGGAACAGAACAAGCCGGUUCUGCUCUGCUUCUGCAAACUGAGCCAGAACCAAAGCCAGCAGGUUCUGCUCUGGCCGGUUCUGCGGGGCACCAGAGAGAGGCGCUGUGAUGCUGCCGAGGAGCCGCUGGGCCAGCGGGGAGUCCCGGGGAGGAGGAGUAAUCGGACACCGACCCGGAGACUCGCUGCCGGCCGCUCAGAGCGCAGCAGAGCCCGGCGGCAGCAGCAGCAGCGGCGCGGCGGACACGCAGUUCACCCCGGGGACCGAGAGCCGAGCUGGACCGGCGGGGCGGGAGGUUCCGGUCCUCCCUGCCGAACUUCGAGCCUCCUUCAGCGGCCGCAGCCGCUCCGCAGCGCCGUGUGGACCUCCCCGGAGUUCUGGUAAAGUGGGAGAAGUCCGGUUCGGGCGGCCUGACAGCGCCCAGCAUGAAGAAGAACAGCUCCGGGAAACGGGGCCCGGCGGACUCGGCUCAGCAGAACAUCGCCCCGGAUAAAAUGGGCUGGAUCAGAAAGUUCUGUGGGAAGGGGAUCUUCAGGGAGAUCUGGAAGAACCGCUUCGUGGUUCUGAAAGGAGACCAGCUGUUCAUCUGUGAGAAAGAGGUGAAGGAGCUUGGCCGGGCCGAUGAAGUCCUGGACCUGUCCGAUUACGAACGCUGCGAAGAGAUCCGGAAGAACAAGAGCCGCAGCAAGAAGAACCACAGCAAGUUCCGUCUGCAGCGCUGCAGCUCGCCAGGGAACACGGUUCCAAACCUGGUUUUCCUGGCCGUGAGUCCGGAGGAGAAGGAGUCCUGGAUCAACGUCCUGAACACGGCCAUGACCAGAGCCAAGAACCGGAUCCUGGAUGAGGUGAUGGUGGAGGACUCUCAGCUGUCUCAUCUGACCAGAGACCGGGUGAAGAUUCCUCACAACCGCCGGCUUCCUACCAGAGGCCACCUGCUGGCCGUGGCCUCCACCUCCUCCUCAGACGGGAUGCUGACUCUGGACCUGAUCCAGGAGGAGGACGCCGGGUCUCAGAAAGGUCCAGAAGACAAAUUAACGUCCCAGGCCAGUCCAGACUGUCCCAGGUCCCAAACGGACGGCGCGCUGUCGGACUGGACCGCCGAGUCUUCUGCCAAGUCUCAGAGCCUGCCCCGUGAGACGGUGGAGUGGCAGAAGUCGGGUCCGAGUCAGACUCCCCGGCCGGACAAACGGCUCAGCACGACGGAGAAGAACCGCUGCGCCUCCAUGGACGAGAUCCUGAACCACUCAGAGACCAAGGCCGCCAAGAACAAAACCCCCCUCCCAUCCCGCUCCGCAGCCUCCACGCCGACCGGAACCACGGCGCCGCUCAGCCAGCUGCAGAACCUCAUCAGCCAGAAGCUGGAGAAGACGGAGCGGCUGCUGAUGGAGGUCCGGAGCAGCGGGGAGCCUGGGAAGGGCAGGGGGGGGAAACAGUCUGGGGACGGAGGCCGCGCCGAGGCAGAGAGACUCCUGAAGGAGGCGGCGGCCGCCUGGAACCAGGCCCGGGAGGUUCUGGAGGAAGUCCAGGAGCUGAAGGCCUUAUACCAACAGCUGGAACCCGGCUGCUCCGCCUCCUUCUCCAACAGCACCAAACAGAACCCCAACCGCAAGAGCCUGAUGUAGGCCGGACCUGCAGACCGGGCAGAACCAGGAGCAGCCAGGAGACCCAGAGCAGAACCAGGAACAGCCAGGAGACCCAGAGCAGAACCAGGAGCAGCCAGGAGACCCAGACCCGAUUCUGGACUGAUGAUGAAGUGACUCAAAACUGGAAGAACCACUUUGCUUGUCGAAGGUCCGGUCUGAACAAGCAGCAGAAUCUGCCAGAGCUCUGAUUCGCCGGGGAGAUCCGGUUCUGUUGGACCAGUAAGGUCCGCCGAGCCGAUCUCAAUGGUUACCUGAAGCCCCGCCCCCUCACACCCCUACCUGUAUGGUCAGGUGUCUUCUCAGGUUUCUGUGGCUUCUCUCAGCAGGGUCCAGGUCCGAUGUUCGCCUGAGGUUCUGGUUGGACCGACUUCCGGCUCAGGAACCACGAUCUGGGUUUGGAAAGCAAAACGCUGAUUCUGCUGUAAAAAUGUUUUCAUGCUGCUUUUUACUGAGUUUUGGUCCAGUUUGUAAAGUGAGCCAAAAACCCGGUUCAGAACCAGCAGAUCGAUGUUGGGAGUUCUAGAAUAUUCUGAAGGAGAACCAGCGGAUUUAUUCCUGAAGGGAAAAUGUUUUUGAUUUUAAAAGAAAAGCUCAAAGCUUUGCAGAUGAUGUGGUUCUGUUGGAUUCUAAAAGAUCUCCAGCGGUACCGGUCCAGUUCCCUGCAGAGUGGGACGCUGCUAGGAUGUGAGAUGUGGGCCGAGGAGCAGAACUCUGGUUCUGGAGCAGAAACCAGAGUUCUGGUGCUCCUGAAUGGAGCCGGAGGAGCUCAGAGUCCAGCUGCUCCUCAGCUGACGUUGUUCUUCUGGAUCCUGAUGGUCCAGAAGA